AUGGACUAUUUGAGCGAAAUUAAUGAAAGUCUACAUCAUCUGAGAGAAAAUAAUAAGACAUUAAAAGGACGGUUAGCCGAUAGUGGUAAUCAAAUACAUGAGCUCAGGCAACAAAAUGUCGACCUGGAGUCACACAUCGAUGAUGUCGUUGACAACAACAGUGAUACAGAUAAGAGUACAUGCAAACGGGUUAUUGCCGGCGCAAAACUGGCCAACAAAGUAGACAUAUUGGCCACCAGUGACGACACUACCGACGAUAUUGGCGGCAGCAUCGGUAGCCCUGACCAACGAUUCGAGUCGACAGUAUGCGAACUAAGCUUACUGGCCGUACGGUUACAGUUGGCCACAUUCGGCGAAAUUGCCGACUAUUUGAAACAAGAAAUACGGGUGAAAACGGGUACAAUUUGUUUGGUUACUUGUGGACAGUAUGGUUUGUAUGACUAUCAGACAUGGGUGGAUAAAAAUCGUAAAUAUUUAGCCCUAAAAAUUGGCGAUCUAUUUAUCAUGGUCAAUCAAAUACAUACAAAGUUUACCGACUAUCUAAACAAUGCCAAACAGGAACCCAUUGUCGAGUUAACCCAGAAAAGUGAUUACGUGGACCUAUUGUUUGAGGAACGGGUGAUUGAAUUGGCCAAAGAAAUCGUAAUGUCCUCACAGUUUCGCAAUGCUAUCAGUAUUGCCGACUAUCUGAAAGAUGAACUGAACAACCGUUACGGCAAAUACUACGGUACCAAUUGGUUGGUCACCUGUGGUUUCGGUAAACUAUACGAUCUGUCAAUUAGUCUAAAAUCGGGAAAACAGCGAAAAUUUCUAGAUUUUCUUAUCAAUGAUUUCCGAUUUACUGUAUUUCAGACAUCAUAAGACCUGAGUGAGUGAGUGAGUGAUUAAUUGAAGAGUGAGUGAGUGAGUGAGUGAGUUAGUGAGUGAGUGAGAGAGAGAGAGAG